AUGACUCAGUUUGGACAACAGCUCUCACUGAAUCUGAAGUUGCUUCAUCUGGAACAGUUGAUUCAUUGCUGAAAGUAUCACACGAUACCAGGACUCGGCAUGCCAAUAAGGUCACUGUUCUUGUUCUUCAGAGGCUACUGAAUGAAGCAUUCAACCAGAGAUCUAAUGUUGAUGAGAGUUUGAGCAACUGGCUGGAACAAAUGUAUAAGAAAUUUCCCACGUUCAAGUUCUGGAACAUGAUCGCACACUAUGAGAUUCUGAUUCUCAUAUUUGUUAGAGCCCAUAGGGAGAGAAACCUCCCAUUGCAUGUUACUGUAUUAGAGGUACUCGUACCAUUGUUCUUUGUGUUAGACCACGUGAACUAUUCUCGGUGGCUGCCUGUGCACAUCAGAGACAUGAAGGCGCUGCCACAAGAUAUCAAAGAUGAAACUCGGAAUCACUGCACAAUCGCAAAGUCGUUACACAGAUACUCUGCGAUCCCAAUCGACCAAGCGCAUGAGCAGGAGAAUAAAGUGGUGAAAGCAUCCGGUGGUGCAGUAGGACUAACUAAGAAUCCAGUUGCCUUCAGACGCUGGAUGACCGCUGAACUCGAGCUUGCCAGACCUCUGAGACAGUACGAGAACGGAUAUCUUCAUGACGAUGAUCCGCAAAACCCCGCUAACUUCGAACACCACGAACAGGGACUUGCAGCACAGAAAUCCUUCCAGCGACAGGUUCAUAGCCUAUCUAACACAAUACGCAAGAUUGGAAAUCCCUUUCUGGAUGACUUCCCAGAGUUGGUAACUCUUGAUAGUCGUAACUGCGCAAAUGAGGCGGUAGUGAAUACAAUCCGUACACUGGAAGACACGGGCACAAAGAAGGAUCAAGAGUAUGUGAAGACCGUGCUCGUGGAUCGGAGUCACUCCAUACAUGAUACGAUCUCAAAGAAUUCACUACCCCUGUUCUCAACAAAGCUCAAAGUCAGAAAUGCUGAUCUUGAAUUCCGGGUAGCAUUUGGAAGAGGAAAGAACUACACUCAUUACAGCAUCAACGCCAUUUGUGCCCAUCUUGGUGAACGUAAAUCACGUUCCCUGCCCGUUUUCACUCCUUGUCAGGUUGUGAUACUACAUCAGCGUGUAGAGGGAAAGGGAAGAAAUCGUUCUGGCAGGCAUGGAAUGCUUAUGAGCGUCUUGACAUACAUUCUGAAUCACUUCAAAGAAUCGAGAGACUAGUUGUCGUAGAUUAUGACAAAUUAAACAA